CGCAUCAAAAAGCACAACAGUAGCAGGUUGAUUUCUUGGGCUCAACAUGAAGUUCCUUGCAGUUAUUCUUUCCGUCGUCGUUGUGGCAAGUUGCCAAGAUAUUGAUUGGGACAACAUCAUUUUCACCGAAGUCUAUCCAAAAGGACUCGAACCGAUCUUCCGAGGUUUACCCGGCAGUGGGCGUAUUGUUGGAGGAUCUCUAGCCUCCGCCGGACAAUUUCCAUACCAAGUUGGACUUAUUCUUACCGUCAGUGGGGGACAAAGUUUCUGCGGUGGUUCACUCAUCAAAGAUAAUGUUGUCCUCACUGCCGCUCAUUGCGUUGAUGGUGCCUCAGCUGCUUCUGUCUACCUCGGAGCAUUGAAGAUCCAAUCCAGCGAAUCCGGUCGUCAAAUCAUCUCCGUUAGCAAGUCUAACUUCGUUAUUCACUCAGGAUGGAACGCAAACACCUUGGUCAACGAUAUUGCUUUGAUCAAGCUCCCAGAAAAAGCUCGUCUUGGAACAAAUAUUAAGGUCAUCGAUUUGCCACCAGCAUCCGACGCGUCCAAGACCUUCGAUAAAGACGUUUGUGUCGCUUCCGGAUGGGGAAGAACUUCCGAUAGUGCCACUGGUGUUUCUGCUGAUCUUCGUUAUGUCGAUCUCACUGUCAUCUCUAACUCCGCUUGCCAGAACUACUUCGGAUCCUAUGUUCGUGACAGCAACAUCUGCACUUCAGGCGCUGAUAAGAAAUCAACCUGCAAUGGUGACUCCGGUGGUCCAUUGGCUUAUGGCAGUGGCGAUAAGAGGAUUAUCGUUGGUCUAACUUCAUUUGGAAGCGCAUCUGGAUGCCAGAAGGGAUACCCAGCUGUAUUCACCCGCGUUACUUCCUACUUAAGCUGGAUCAAGUCGAAUGCUGGAUUGUAAAAUGUUUAAAACUUACUUUUA